ACACACGUGUGUGUGUGUGUGUGGCCCCAGGACUCGCGGUCUUGCCCCUGCGCCGCCCCACCUCUCUGAACUGCGCCCUGGAGGAGAGGGUGAGGCCGGGGGUUACCCAGCCGGCUGUCUGAUGCAAUGACCGCCGCCUUGACUCUGCAAGGGGUGUCACCCGCCCACUGGGCAGCGCUGGUCCGAGGCCAGAUAGUUUCUGGGAAUCCGCAUCGAUUCUAAGAAACUGAGCUGUCCCAAGGGUGGGGUGAACAGGAAGGAAAGCAUCCUUUUCUGAAAAAAAGAAACUGAAACGAAUGGGGAGUUAAGGUAUAAAGCCAGCUGGGACCCUGCGGGGCACCUUCAGCUGCCCCACGCCGCCAGCGGCCCCUCUGCAACAGCGACUGCCACGGCUGACUUGCCUUGACCCUGAACAAAGCUACCGGGUCAGCGUAGGCUCUGUGCUGGAAGAUGGCGGACAUGCGCAACGGUGAGGCAGGUGCCUCUGCCCUGGAGCUGUUCAACAGCAUCACGACGCAAGGGGAACUCGUGAGGUCUCUCAAAGCCCAGAAAGCAUCUAAGGAGGAAAUUGAUUCUGCAGUCAAGAUGCUCCUCUCAUUAAAAAUGAGCUACAAGGCAGCCCUAGGAGAGGAUUACAAGGCAGACUGUCCCCCGGGGAGCACGGCCCCCGACGGGAGCAGUGAGACCAAUGGCACGGACAGCAACGAGGACUUCGUGGACCCGUGGACAGUGCGGACGAGCAGUGCGAAGGGCGUCGACUACGACAAGCUCAUCGUCCAGUUCGGAAGCAGCAAAAUUGACAAAGAGCUGAUAAACCGCAUCGAGAGAGCCACGGGCCAGAGACCGCACCGCUUCCUACGCCGAGGGAUCUUCUUCUCCCACAGGGAUAUGAACCAGGUUCUUGACGCCUAUGAGAACAGGAAGCCCUUCUACCUGUACACAGGCAGGGGUCCCUCUUCAGAGGCCAUGCACGUGGGUCACCUCAUCCCCUUUAUUUUCACCAAGUGGCUGCAGGAUGUGUUUGACGUGCCGUUGGUGGUGCAGAUGUCGGAUGAUGAGAAGUACCUGUGGAAGGACUUGACCGUGGAGCAGGUCUAUGGCUACACCCUGGAGAACGUCAAGGACAUCAUCGCCUGUGGCUUCGAUGUCAACAAGACGUUCAUCUUCUCUGACCUUGACUACAUGGGGAUGAGUCCGGGCUUCUACAAGAACGUCGUGAAGAUUCAGAAGCACGUCACCUUCAACCAAGUGAAAGGCAUCUUCGGCUUCAGCGACAGCGACUGCAUCGGCAAGAUCAGUUUUCCUGCCAUCCAGGCCGCUCCCUCCUUCAGCAGCUCGUUCCCUCAAAUCUUCCACAACAGGACUGACGUGCAGUGCCUCAUCCCGUGCGCCAUCGACCAGGAUCCCUACUUCAGGAUGACCAGAGACGUGGCCCCCAGGAUCGGCUACCCAAAGCCUGCCCUGCUGCACUCGACUUUCUUCCCCGCCUUGCAGGGCGCACAGACCAAGAUGAGCGCCAGCGACCCCAACUCCUCCAUUUUCCUCACAGACACAGCCAAGCAGAUCAAGACCAAGGUCAACAAGCACGCCUUCUCUGGGGGCCGGGACACCAUCGAGGAGCACAGGCAGUUUGGGGGCAACUGUGACGUGGACGUCUCUUUCAUGUACCUGACCUUCUUCCUGGAGGAUGAUGACAAGCUGGAGCAGAUCCGGAAGGAUUACAGCAGCGGUGCCAUGCUGACCGGCGAGCUGAAGAAGACGCUCAUCGAGGUCCUGCAGCCGCUGAUCGCCGAGCACCAGGCGCGGCGCAAGGAGGUCACCGACGAGAUGGUGAAGGAGUUCAUGACGCCGCGGAAGCUGUCCUUCCACUUCCAGUAACGCUCACCUUAUGUGCGCAUCAAGUAAUGUGAUUUAUCUGUGAUCCCAGCCCAUGGAAUCACCACUGCCCGUGGCUCUGCCCUGUAAUUCCUGGGCCUGCUGUCUGAAGCCCCAUGUGCACCCGUGUGUUCCUUGCUCAUCUGUCUCUUGGCCGGAACACUGCAGGUGGUGGGGUCACAUGGCAAGGUCCUCCUUUGAGUCUCCCACAAAGCGAGCAGGACAUGGAGCCUCUGCUCAUGAGGCCGCUGUGUUGGCACACAGCUCCAGACAGGCUCCUAACUACCCAUUCAGGCUGCUGGCCUGGAUCACCCAGCGCCCUUGACAGACUGACAGGGGCAGCUUAACGGGCACAAGGUAUAUUUCAGCCCAUGCCAAAGAAAAAGUGGGUGGCCAGAAGCUUUGCUGGACAUGUAACUAACAACUGUGCUGUGGGCAGAGUGGGGAGACUUUGAGGUUACUUACUAAACUCCACACCAUGCAUGUUCUGCACUCCAGAAACCUAGUUCUCGUCCCCCAGCCUGCCAUCUGGCCCGUCAGUGAUCCCAGCUCCAAGCUGACGACCCCAGUGCGCCUGCGCCCUCGGCAGGUGCAGUGCUGAGCAGGUGCGUUCCCUUUGCAGAUGCUUUUGUUUUGACACCUGACCACAAUGGAGCCAGCCAGAGCGGUGCCAUGGCGUGCCCUGAGCAAGUGGAGCUAGCUAGAGAGUGGCACUGCAGUGGUAGUGGCAGCCCCGGCGGCCCUCAGCGGUCUCUCUGGGGCAGGCCCACUGACUUGUACCACAUGUACCCGGUACCUGGUACAGAAGCCACAUCUCAGAAAGCAGUCCUGAUUGGAGCCUGUCCUUCCCGAAGGCAGAGUCCGCCCCACGGUGCUGUGCCCUCUUGGCACUCGCUUGGGUAUAAAUAAACAUGUGCUCCUAUCCUUC